AAACGUCAAACAAAUAAUUGUUUUUGUGAAUGAAUCACCUGUCAAAGCGAAACAUAUAUAAAAUCAAUCUUGCGCAUUUUUGUACGGCAAACGUGGUAGAGGUAGAUUCAAUUUCAUUCAGUUUAAUCAACCGUCUAAUCCAUACUCACGAAACGCAACCAUGGACUCAUCCAGUUUAACCGCAAAUGAUGUGCGUCAAUUGUUUUUGGACUUUUUUAAGGAACGCAAGCAUUUAUACGUUCAUUCAUCAUCGACCAUUCCUCUGGACGACCCAACCCUCCUGUUUGCCAAUGCGGGAAUGAACCAAUUUAAACCAAUUUUUCUGGGCACGGCCGAUCCAAAUAGUGACAUGUCAAAAUGGAUACGGACAGUGAAUACUCAGAAGUGCAUCCGUGCCGGCGGUAAGCAUAACGAUUUGGACGAUGUCGGUAAAGACGUCUAUCAUCACACGUUCUUCGAAAUGUUGGGAAACUGGUCAUUCGGCGACUACUUCAAAAAGGAAAUAACCAGCUGGGCAUGGGAGUUUCUAACUGUCAAAUUGAAUUUACCAUCGGAUCGACUUUAUGUAACGUAUUUCGGUGGCGACGAAAAAGCCGGUUUGCAACCGGAUCUGGAAUGUAAACAGAUGUGGUUGGAUCUCGGUGUAAAGCCGGAACAUGUGUUGCCUGGUAAUAUGAAGGACAAUUUUUGGGAAAUGGGUGAGACUGGACCGUGUGGUCCAUGCUCCGAGCUGCAUUUCGAUCGAAUUGGUGGUAGGAGUGUACCAGAGCUGGUGAACAUGGAUGAUCCGGAUGUGUUGGAGAUUUGGAAUUUGGUGUUCAUUCAGUUCAAUCGAGAGAAUGACGGAAGCUUGAAGUUAUUGCCACGGAAGCACAUUGAUUGUGGAAUGGGUUUCGAGCGAUUAGUUUCGGUGAUUCAGGAUAAACGCUCCAACUAUGACACAGAUUUGUUCAUUCCGAUAUUCGAAGCCAUUCAGAAGGGAACUGGUGCAGUGCCUUAUCAAGGUCGUGUUGGAACUGAUGACGUCGAUGGCAUUGACAUGGCUUAUCGUGUGUUAGCCGAUCAUGCAAGAACACUGACGAUAGCACUGGCUGAUGGUGGAAUGCCCGAUAACACCGGUCGUGGCUAUGUUCUGAGACGAAUUUUGCGUCGUGGUGUCCGAUAUGCAACUGAAAAACUAAACGCCAAGCCAGGAUUCUUUUCGUCUUUGGUCAAUACAGUCGUCGAUGUGUUGGGAGAUGCCUUCCCCGAAGUCCGCAAAGAUCCACAAUUCAUCAUUGACACCAUUAACGAAGAAGAGCAACAGUUUUUGAAAACAUUGUCGCGGGGAAGAAAUCUUCUGAAUCGAACAAUCGCAAAAUUGGGCGAUUCUAAGCAAAUUCCGGGAGAUGUUGCUUGGAGACUGUACGACACAUACGGAUUUCCCGUCGAUUUGACUUACCUCAUGGCCGAAGAGAAAGGAUUGACUAUCGACAUGGACGCCUAUGAAAAGUCAAAGGAAGCUUCCUACAUCAUUUCACAAGGUAAAGCAUCCGCUCACGCAGAUACAAUCAAUUUGGACGUGCAUGCCAUAUCCGAAUUGCAAUCAAAGGGCGUCGCAGCUACCGAUGAUUCUACUAAAUAUAAAUACACGUCCAAUCAAGACAAGAAUUCCGAAUACACCUUUGAAGGUUGUACCAGUGUGGUUCAGGCAAUCGUCGUCGACAAUAAAUUUGUGAACGAGGUGCAUUCGGGUCAAAGCUGUGGUAUUUUGCUGGACAAAACGAAUUUCUAUGCCGAAAGUGGUGGACAAAUCUAUGACCAGGGUGUGAUGACUAAAGUUGAUGAUGAAGCUACCGAAUUUUUGGUUGAUCGAGUGUACAAUCGAGGUGGUUACAUUUUGCAUAUUGGUGUCGUUGAAGGUUUAAUUAAAGUCGGUGAUUCCAUGGAGCUUCAUUUGGAUGGUGUUAGACGUAAAUUGGCGAUGAAUAAUCAUUCGGCUACGCACGUUCUAAAUCACUCAUUAAGAAAAGUGCUCGGUCAAGAUAGUGACCAAAAGGGAUCGCUCGUAGUUCCAGAAAAACUGCGUUUUGAUUUCGGCGCAAAGAAUGCACUUACCAUUGAACAAGUUGCUGCCGUUGAAAAGUACACCAAAGAAGUGGUCAACAAAAAUUUACAAAUCUUCGCAAAGGAAUCGAAUCUUGCUCUCGCUAAAUCAAUAAAGGGAUUGCGGUCUGUCUUCGAUGAGGUAUAUCCCGAUCCAGUCAGAAUCGUUUCAUUCGGAGUACCGGUCGAGCAAUUGGAAAGCAACCCCAACGACGAUGCAGCUGUUAAUACGUCGGUUGAAUUUUGUGGUGGCACUCAUCUGCAACAAUCCGGCCACAUUGGCGAAUUUGUCAUUAGUAGCGAAGAAGCAAUUGCUAAAGGAAUUCGACGCAUUGUUGCUCUAACUGGACCGGAAGCUCAGAAAGCGUUGAAGAAAACCGAAUCGUUUGAAAAUGAACUGAAUCGGCUGAAAUCCAUCAUCGAAGCCGAUAAAGAUGGUAAGGAGUUCAAGGAUCACGUGAAGAAAAUUAUUGAGUUAUCCGACGACAUUUCACACGCAACCAUACCGUAUGUGAAAAAGGACGAGAUGCGUAACGUCCUAAAGAACCUCAAACUGACAAUGGAUAACAAAGACCGUGCACUAAAGGCAGCCGUUUCGACAAACGUUGUGGAAAAAGCUAAAGAAAUUGCAUUAGCCAAUCCGAAUGCACCGUUCGUCGUUCAUCAACUGGAAGCAUUUAACAAUACGAAGGCUUUGGAUGCUGCAUUGAAGCAGGUGAAAACUUUGAGUCCCGAAACAUCGGCCAUGUUUGUGUCGGUUGAUCCGGAAACGAAGAAAAUCUUUUGCUUGACAUCCGUUACAAAAGCAGCUAUCGAAAAGGGACUGAAGGCUAACGAAUGGGUGCAGCAUGUGUCGACAAUUAUGGGAGGAAAGGGUGGUGGAAAGCCAGAAUCCGCUCAGGCAUCGGGACCGAAUUAUGAGAAAGUUGAUGAUGUGCUGGAAUUGGCCAAGAAGUUUGCUGGAACGAAACUCACGUAGAAUUUUGAUAUUUUUUUUCGAUUUGCAUUUACACCCAGUUCCAGAGCCUAACGAUCGCUUCUAUUUAUACUAUUCAUAGAUGUGGUGGUGGUAAACUUGAAGAUUGAGAUUGAAUUAGUUUUUAAAUAAAUUUGCCAUCCAGUGAAAAAGCAA